AUGGUAAGCCAACGAAGUUUGUUAGGUUUUAAUGAAAAUGGCUCCACCAAGCUGAAUAAAGAAGAUCGCAUGCCUGAAUUUAAUCGGCUUCGCUCUAGUCAAAGAGCAAAGAAAGAGCAUGCUUCUUUACUCGAGGAUUUUAGGGAGUUUGAUCGGACAAGAUUAGACCUGGAAGAUGGUGGUGGUUCAUAUGACCAAGCUCUCCUCAAAGAGCGGGCUACCCUCAAUAGAAGUACAGGACAGGUGGACUCUGUGAUCUCACAAGCCCAAGAGACCUUGAAAUCACUCGUGUUUCAACGUUCGACAUUUGGGGGCAUUAACUCAAAGCUUAGUAAUGUCAGCAGUCGGCUUCCAACUGUGAAUCACAUUCUCUCGGCAAUAAAGAAGAAAAAGUCCAUGGAUACCAUCAUCCUUUCCUUGCUUGCUGCUGUUUGCACGUUUCUCAUAUUAAUUUACUGGUGGACAAAAUAGGAAAACAUUGCGACUGUACUGGUGGAGCCUUACGCGCGAUCUUUUGCUAGUUACAUUUUUUGUACAUGCCUUGCCAUGUUAUGCUGUAACAAAUUCUUUUUGUAUUCUUUACUGAUAUUGGCUUGUCAUGCAAAAUAUUGCAUCCAUUUGGUUGGCCAAAGACACUUUGGUACCCCCCCCUCCCCCAACACACGCAGCUUCUUCUUUUUUUCUUUUUUUCUUUUUUUUGAAAAAAUCAUUGGAGAGCCAAUUCGUGAGUUAGUUUGGAACAAGCACUGUAAAUUUCUGCUAUUUGAUAUCUCUGGUUUGAAUGCAGCAGAUGGAGGCA